AUGGAUGCUUCUACUCCACUGAAGCGGUCAUCGACCGAUGCCGGACUCGAUUCGCCUCGCGAGUCGAAUCGCUCAACAGAAUCACGACCGGUAGCUCCUAGGAUAUCCAAAGCCCGAGCCUGCGCAGAAUGCAAGCGACACAAGAUUCGCUGCGAAUUCCGACCGGGAGAGAACAAUUGCACUAAAUGUAUUCGCAGCGGCAUCAAAUGCGUGGUGAACGACUUUUCCCAGAAAUUCGUUGACGAUGACGGAGUAUGGAAGUCGCAGGCAGCGUCAAGUAUGCAGCAAUUGCAGGCCGCAGUCUCGCAGCUUUUGCGACAAGCAGGCCUGCCAGACCUCUCGACCUUUGGCAGCGGUGACACCCGUAGCGGACCCAGUCCGGCCGCCUCGCAUCACACCCAUCGGCCAUCCAUUGAUGCCUCCCAAUCGCACCACAGUCAUCACGAGGGGCCAGGGGUAGUGAUGGAUGUCACCCGGGAGCCAUCUCAGGAACCCGACCUCCAAGACCCGGAACUGGUGCCGGCACCUAUGCGGAGUCUCUACGAGGUCACCAAGCUGCGCAAUCUACGAAACAAUCAUAUCGAGGCACCCAAGAAGACACUAUUGGAGGAAGACUUUAUCACGCGAGGGUUGAUCUCAAUCCACGAGGCCGAGGAGCUGUUUGCGUACUUUAGUCGAACAAUGAAUCAGCUGCUGUGGGGUGGAAUCAUCCUGGUGCAUCGCGAUCUGACAUCCGUCCGUCGCGCUUCCACCUUGCUCUCGGCGGCAGUCCUGACCGUUGCGGCUCUGCAUAUACCCAAUCGGACCGACACGCUAAACCGAUGCUAUCACGAGUAUGUCUCAUUGGUGUCCAGCAUGGCUCUCACGCGAGCCCAUACGCUGGAUGAUAUUCGGGGCCUCUGUGUCGGUGCGUUCUGGCUAUCCGAGCUGAGCUGGAAGCUCUCUGGACACGCUGUGCGAGUCGCGACCGAGCUUGGUCUGCAUCAGAGCUACCAGCGCCUGACUCGCGGGCAUACCGAUCAAUAUGAACGCGCUCAAUUAUGGUAUUUGCUGUAUGUGUGCGAUCAUCAUUUUAGUAUCGCUUACGGCCGGCCUCCCGUCAUCCACGAAGAUGUUGCGAUUCGAAAUUACGAGGCCUUCUUGGAAUUGCCCAUGGUGGUUCCUGGUGACAUUCGGCUUCUGGCGCAGGUCGCUCUAUUCAUGAUUCUGACCGAGGCGUACCGCAUGUUUGGGAGCGAUACGGAGCAAGCGUUGACGGAGGCAGAUUUUGGUCAGUUGCGGGUAUAUAAUGUUGCAGUGGAUCAAUGGCGAUUACUUUGGCAGCCUCGGUCGGCCGACAGCUCAUACGUGCGAACAUAUCCCUCAAAGGGAGUGGUGUUGCACUACCAUUUCGCAAAAUUCCAGCUCAAUUCGCUCUCGCUCCGUGGGCUUUCCCCUUCGAAUACCCCAGUCUUCUCCAUGGACCGGAAGGAGUCCGCCAACAUUGCUAUUUCGUCAGCCAUGGCAUGCUUGAAUAUGGUGCUUGAAGAGCCCGAUAUCCGGGAUGCGAUCGUCGGGGUGCCCAUUUUCACUCAUACCAUGGUGACCUUCUCCGCCGUCUUCCUGUUAAAGGUCGCAAUUAAUUGGAACACGGCGUACCUCAGCAUCAAUGCGCGACAAGUGCGGCGACUCGUUGAGCGAGUAAUUGAGCUAAUGAAUUGCGUCUCGGCCGGGGAGCGCCAUCUUACCCGACACAUUGCACGUGGACUCGGCAAAAUGCUGGAGCGCUUCGACUCUUGGGAGGCUGGCUGGCAGGUGGGCACUAACCACAACGGCAGCGACGUUGAUGUGCCCGGGGGUGCGAAUGCGAUGGCACAGGGGUUCCCACCGCCCGAUCUGAUCUACGAUAUGGUGGGCACCUAUGGGUUUGGGCUUGAUGAGAACCUGUUGGACCCGAGUAUGGCGAACUUUGAGUUCUUGGCGCAGUAG